AUGUUAGUAUUAUUUGAAACAUCUGCUGGUUUUGCUUUAUUCAAAGUUUUAGACGAAGGUAAAAUCAGUAAGUCUAAAGCUGCUGAUAUCAACAAAGUUUUCUCAUCACCAGAAGGUGCUUCAUCAAUUAUUUCAUUAAAGAAAUUUUACAAAUUUGAUGGUACUUUAGAUGCAUUAGAAGCCCAAACUGCAGUUUCAGAAUGUAAAGUUCCAGAAUCACUUUCAAACUUUUUAAAGAAAAAUGUUGUCAACGAAAAAUUAAAUGAACAAUUAAUUGUUAGUGACACUAAAUUUGGUAAUGCCAUUAAAGAUGCACUCAACAUUAAAGUUCUCUGUGAUGAAACUACCAAUGAAUUAAUUAGAGGUAUUCGUCUUCAAUUAAAAUCAUUAGUUAAUGCCAACGAACAAGAUUUAAAUUCAAUGUCAAUUGGUUUAUCUCACUCAUAUUCAAGAUACAAAUUAAAAUUCUCACCAGAUAAGGUUGAUACUAUGAUUGUUCAAGCCAUUUCAUUAUUAGAUGAUUUAACCAAAGAAAUCAAUAUCUACGCCAUGAGAGCUAGAGAAUGGUACGGAUGGCAUUUCCCAGAACUUGGUAAGUUAAUUGCCAGUCACACCCAAUACGCCAACGUUAUUAAAAUGAUGGGUAACAGAAAGAAUGCCGUCAAUACCGAUUUUGGUGAAGUUAUUCCAUCAGAAGUUGCCGAAGAUGUCAAAGAAGCCGCUCAAAUCUCUAUGGGUACUGAAAUUUCCGAAGAAGAUUUAGACCACAUCUUUGCUCUCUGUGACCAAUUCCUUUCAAUUCAAGCUUACCACAACGAACUCACUGAAUACCUUAAAAACCGUAUGAAUGCUAUUGCUCCAAAUCUUACUAUUUUAGUUGGUGAAGUCGUCGGUGCUCGUUUAAUCUGUCGUGCUGGUUCCCUCAUGAAUUUAGCUAAAUACCCAGCUUCAACUAUUCAAAUUUUAGGUGCUGAAAAAGCCCUCUUCAGAGCUCUUAAAACCAAACAUAACACUCCAAAAUAUGGUCUCAUCUAUAACGCUAAAAUCGUUGGUGAAGCCUCAUUAAAAAAUAAAGGUAAAAUGUCAAGAGUUCUCGCUGCUAAAGCUGCUUUAUCUGCUCGUUUCGAUGCUCUCAGUGAAGUCAGUGAUACCAGUUACGGUAUUUCAUACAAGAACUCUGUAGAUAGAAGAGCCGCUGCCAUCGAAGGUAGAGAAGUUCGUAAAGAAUAUAAAGCUGAAAAAUCACACGCUACUCCAAAAUACGAUCAUACCAAAUCAUCAAAUAACACCACUAGAGACGCCACUGGUAAAUCUAUGAAAGAAACUUCAAUCAAACAAGAAAAAGAAAAGAAAGACAAAAAAGAUAAAAAAGAAAAGAAAGACAAAAAAGAAGAAAAAGAAGAAAAAGUAGAAGUCAAAGAAGAAAAGAAAGAAAAGAAAGACAAGAAAGAUAAAAAAGAAAAGAAAGAAGAAAAAGUUGAAGUCAAAGAAGAAAAGAAAGAUAAGAAAGACAAGAAAGAAAAGAAAGAAGAAAAAGAAGAAAAGAAAGAAAAGAAAGAAAAGAAAGAUAAAAAGAGAAAAGAUAGAGAUGAUGAUGAUAGUGAAAAGAAAGUUAAGAAAUCAAAAAAAUAA